AUGGAAAAGGAAAACUUGCUCCACGUGAACCCGUCCCACGCUUCGCUCCCGAAUAGUAGUUAUGCUGUCCCGCAGCUCCCACAGGCGAAGGCGACCCCCACAGACAUCACCUUGCCCGUUAUCAACCAUGGAAUCCCGGAGCAGGUGUUGCAGGACGUGGUGUCGGUGAGUGAAGAGUUCUUCCAGCUGCCGGCUGCGGAUAAGGCACAUUUCUACUCAGAGGAUACAAACAGACCCACCCGGCUCUUCUGGGGCUCUACGUACAAGAACAGCAAAAGGAUGUACUGGAUGGACUGCCUCCGCCUUGCACGCACCUUCGCCCCCGGCGGCGACAGCAAGAAAGAAUGGCCCGAAAAGCCCGAGGAGUUCCGCAAUGUUUUUGAAAACUACACUACACUGAUGAGAGGCCUGGUGCUGGAGCUGCUGCACAUGCUCUGUGAGAGCCUGGGGCUUCCUUCUGACUAUUUCGAUGGCGACCAGACUGGUGGCGAUAUGAUUCUCGGUAUCAACCGGUACCCUCCGUGCCCGAACCCUGACGUCACGUUUGGCCUGCCACCGCACUGCGACCGGAACCUCAUCACACUUGUCCUCCCCAGCUCCGUGCCUGGCCUCCAAGUUUUCUACAAAGGUGACUGGAUCAUGGUCAAGCCCAUGCGCAAUUCAUUCGUCGUCAACUUUGGCCUGCAUCUCGAGGUUGUGACAAAUGGCAUCCUAAAGAGCGUCGAGCACCGCGUGAUAACCAACUCGGUGCAAGCAAGGAUGUCUGUGGUCACAACCAUACAUGGGACCCAAGAUUGCCUCAUUGGACCCGCGGGCGGCCUCCUCAGCGAGAACAAUCCCCCGCGCUACCGCACUGUCACGCUCUGCGAUUUCAGGCGCAUCUACACCAAAUCCCUUGAAAAUCCGGUUGCGGCUCUCGAAGAACACAUGAAACCCUUCAUGAUAUGA